GCUUCUCCACUUAGGAAAAUGCUGAUGGCAAGCUGUGGAUUCCCAAAACUUUUUAUCCCAAAACUUGCUUCCUCCGUGAAAACUCAGAUACAUAGAGAGAAGCUGGAGCAGCACUAACUGUUAACCUCAGAUAUUAAGAUGAGCGCAGACACGGUGGAGCAGUCAGAAGCUCCAGCUGAACAGGCAGAGCGAAACGGCGUUGACUUCAGUCGACAGAUUUUCUACAGAAAAGACCCUAACCAAGAGUGUGAUCCAAAAGAAUACAUUUCCAAUAAGAUAAAGACAGAGGACAUCAACGAUUCACCUCAUUCAGCAUCUGCGCUGAAGACAUGUCACAUGACACAGAGCUCUCCAAUCCACGGAGGCCAGCUGAGUGGGGAGCUCACGUCCCUCCACCCCAUGCAGCAGCUGGUUCUGAUGCCGCCUGCUCACCUGUCGUCUCCCUCCCCCUUCCUGCUCUCCCAGACUCCCUCCAGCCACCAAGCUCUUCUGCAGCAGAACCUGCUGUCUCUUCCUAGCCAGAGUCAGACUAGUCUUCUUCAGCAUCAAGCUGGACUCGCUCUUGCUCCACAGGCCAUGAGUCGUUCCGGUCUGGCAGGACCAUCUUUAGAAAACCACAUGGACAUGUCCCAUCUGCAAAUGCCCAAACACCUGUCCGUACAAACACAGGAAGAACCGAGUGACCUGGAGGAGCUGGAACAGUUUGCCAAAGCCUUCAAACAGAGACGCAUCAAACUGGGCUUCACUCAGGGAGAUGUGGGCCUCGCGAUGGGAAAACUGUAUGGGAAUGAUUUCAGUCAGACCACAAUCUCUCGGUUUGAGGCUCUAAACCUGAGCUUCAAAAACAUGUGCAAGCUCAAACCUCUGCUGGAGAAAUGGUUGAGUGAUGCAGAGAACUCGCCCUCUGACACGAUGAGCACUUCCACCUCUCUGCCACCCCUGAUGGAGGGCUACGGACGCAAACGAAAAAAGAGAACAAGCAUUGAAACAAACAUUAAGCUGACUUUGGAGAAACGUUUCAUGGAUAACCCCAAGCCCAACUCAGAGGAGAUAACCCUCAUCUCAGAGCAGCUGGCCAUGGAGAAGGAGGUGGUCCGAGUCUGGUUCUGCAAUCGGCGUCAGAAAGAGAAGAGGAUUUACUGUCCCGUGGCUACUUUACCCAUCAAAUCUCACAGCUACAACUCCAGAAUGGCAUCAGCAUCCAGGCCCUACAGCCCUCUGGCCUCAGUUUCAACAAAUUCCUCUCCAAACAGCACGAGUCGUGAACCUUCUCCCAACAGUCUAUCUGCAGCCUCGGCCUCUCUGACCUCUCAGGUCAACCCAGCUUACAGCGCACCAGGGUCCUGGUACCGCUGGAAUACUGCUGCAUACCCUCACUGAGAAGCAUGAACUGUAUCAUAUGAAGUUUUUGAAUAUUGGUAUACGAGCAAUGAAGACAGAAUAACAAUGUCCCUGAUCCAAACAGGGUUGCAACUAGGGGCUAAACCCCAGGGGGACACAAAGCUGGACGUGGUAAACCCUGGAAAACAAGCAGAAGAGUGAAACUCACCACCUUUCACAAAACUCAAUUCAUCAUUCAUGGAAAUCCCAUCAGCCUGUUGAUUGAUUUGAACACGUGUGACUUUUUUUUUUUGAAGAUGAAGGAUACACACAUGAAAUCACACACUUUUUUU